GUUCAAGUUGGAAUAAUGUGACAAUAGCUUGAAUGCAUGAAAAACGACACUUUUUAAUAAAAAGUUUUCAUAAAUAAUUUAUUCAAGAUUUUAUAUUUUAAUAAUAAAUUCCUGAUAGGUUUUGACAUAAUGUACUUUUUACGGGACUAUACAAAACAAAACAAACAUGCAUUACAUUUUUUAAAAUGGAUUUAAAUUUUACUCAUUAUCUUUUUCAGGAGCUGGUAUCGAGCAACACUACCCAGAGGAACUGGCGCGGCAUUCUCAUCGCGCUGCUCGUCAUCGUAGUCGUCCUUGCACUAAUAGUCACAUCUGUGGUCCUUUUGACUCCGCCAGACGAAGGACCUCGGGUGAAAGGAGCCAGAUUCAAGCUGACAGACAUCCUUAGUCACGAGUUUCAGCCGCUGAGGUUUAAUGGUACUUGGGUCUCAGCUCACGAUAAACAUCUUGAUAUUGAAAUGGCUGGUUGUGAUGUAAGCAAAGCGUUUGACAUUGUUAGUCACGAAUUAUUUAAAUCAAAUCUCACAAGUAGAUUCCAAAUUGUAAAAUGGAAAAAUAAAUAUUCCAAAGAAGAUUUAGUUCACCAUGGAACAUUUUUGGAACUAUUUAUCGAUAAUAGGUUAAAAUGGGAUAUUCAUACUGAACAAUUGAUUAAAAAACUAAACAAUGCAAUGUACUGCGUUCAAAAACUAAUACAAAAUGCUAACAAAAACACAGCAAGAACAGCAUAUUUCGCAAAUUUUCAUAGCAAGGUUUUCUCAGCUUUUGUUGGCUUUCAAAAUAAAUUAUCCCUGUUAAAUAAAGAAGAAUCGCGCCAGAAGGAAGCGAUAAGAACAUCAAACUGUUUGCGUUACUCGAACUUGACUGAUUGCAGUGCCUUCGAUGAGUUCCUGGUUAGAAUCAGAAUCUUGGUUAGUCAAUAA